ACUCGACACAUGGCAAAGCAGCCGCAGGUGAUCAGUGAUCUAAGGGCAAAAAUAACUCCACGUCGUGAUACAAAGUAUCGCCACGAAGUUCUCAUUAUGGUUUCAAAGAUACACGCGUCCUCUCCCACCUAGUCUCCAGAACUUCCCGUUUCUCUCGCCGACAAUAAGUGACAUCUCUCUCUAUUCUUCUACUGUCAAUUUUCUUGAAACUGGGUAGUGUAUACCUUUUUUCUCUGUUGAAACUCGUGUAAAAAUGAGUAGCACCAAUUUGGAAACUCGCUCGCUUCUUGAUGAACUUAGCAGCUUUGAAAAGGGAGGAUUUUUUGAUCUUGGCUACCCUCUCCUUAACCGGAUUGCUGAAAGUUUCGUCAAAGCAGCUGGGAUUGGAGCUAUUCAAGCCGUGUCGCGGGAAGCCUAUUUCGUUGCUCUUGAAAGUGCAAGUGGAAAUGCUGGAAUUCAUCCAGAGGUUGGGGGCGCGAAGAAACAUGGUAGAUUGCCUGGACUUAGAGGAGAAACAAACAGGAACUCAGUUGAGGCUUUGGUGAAGAGCACCGGAAAAGAAUCUUUGCAAUGGGGACUAGCUGCUGGGAUGUAUUCGGGUCUUACCUAUGGACUGAAAGAGGCCCGUGGAAUCCACGAUUGGAAAAAUAGUGCAUUGGCUGGAGCAAUAACCGGAGCAGCAUUGGCUUUGACAUCGGAGGAUCACUCUCAUGAGCAGGUGGUGCAAUGUGCGAUAACAGGGGCAGCUAUCUCCACAGCUGCUAAUCUCCUCACAGGGAUAUUCUAAGUUGCCAUUGAGGACGUGUGUAGGUUGUCCUCUAUCUUUUUAUGAUCUAAGAUGCACACUGAGAUGUAAUUUCUUUAGAACAAAAACCUCUUUAAACUAUGAUCUCUUGGUUGCUUGAACUUUGGAUGCUUAGAACAAAAACCUCUUUAAACUAUGAUCUCUUGGUUGCUUGAACUUUGGAUUUGUCUUGAAGUAUUCUUUUGGUGUUUGGGUGUAGGCUAAUCGGAAUGCGUUAGUAACUUUUGAUUUGUUUUAAUGUCCAAGUUCUUCGACGAACAAUUAUUGGGUUUUGUGUAAAUAAGUAGCAAGCAUCUCACAUUAG